AAGCAAAACGGAACGUUUCGAAACUUGUAGAGUUACGAACUUAAGUAAACAAAGCAAAACGAACUCUAUCUUGUAGAGCGAAGGCGUACACAGAGAUAUGAGCGCAUGGCCUUCAAUAAUACAAAAAAUAUUAGAGCUAUGAUGCAGAUAUGUUCCUAAAAGGUUAUUUUAUAAUAUUAUGUAUCAUUUAAAUCAGUUUGUUGCAUGACUUCCAAGCUCAUGCCAAAGUUUUAUUGAUAAAUAAUGCGUUGCGCUUGAUUUUUAUUAUUUUGAAGUUAACCAAGACAAGAAGUAAACUUUUAAAGUAAAUUAUGUUCGUAGUGUUAAGUUAAAGUCGUGUUCAAGUUCGCUUUCUUGGUUUCGCCGGAUGUCACAGAAAUAAACUUCUGUAGUAAAUAAAACCUGAUAUUCUUGAAAAUGUCAGAAAAUAAUAAAAAGAAAACCGGAAGUUUCCGGAAGUUGUUUCCAAAUUUAUUUUUCUCGAGUAAAACAAGAGGAAAGACGAGCAAAGAUUCGAAGUCGACCUUGAAAUGUAACGCUGAUUUGUCAAUAAGCAAUCAAUAUCAGAGCCCACGAUCGAUAAGAUCAGAUAAGUAUGCUCAAGGAGACGAUAGCGAGCGAAUAUAUGAAAAUUUAACGACAACAAACAUACAAUCCGAUAAUGAAACCUUGAACAUCGAUAUACCGAGCAAUCAUUCGUCGAGUAGCACGCUUGUUUCUGAGAGUGUCAAAAAUAGAAAUCUCCAUUUAAACGAACCGGUUGCACGUUUCGUCGGAAAAGAGUGCUCGCAUUACGCGGCCAGACCGCAGGUACCUCCGAAGCCCCAGAACGAAAUGGUUCAUCCGACGGCGAACACUAAUUACGAUAAUUCACUCUACCCAGACGUUUAUUACCAUUCACUCGAGAAGCUGUCUGAUAAAAUAUCGCCUUUGGAUGAAAUUGAAAUUUAUAAGGCGUCGCAGGCUCAAGUGAAUCCUGCAUCUGUUGGUGCUGAAAUAAAAAGAGUCAGCACAAAAUUCUUAAUAUCUCCGAAAAAAGAAGCAGAAGUGCGUACUAUACAGCCGACUAGAGCUCGAAGCCUGUCUCUAGAAAAGGAAGGAAAUUGUCAUGAAGUAAAAAAGGAAGUAAGCCAGACAAAUGUGAAGAAACCAUAUAAUUACUCAGCACCGACGUCUCCAAUGCCCGUAACGCAUAAGAUACCAUCCAUGCCUAAGACGGUUUCUCCAUACGGCCAUUUGAGAAGAAACAUGAUCGAAAUCGAGGAAAAAAGGAAUUCGUUGAACAGAACCGGUCAACGCAACAGACCUUUGUCACCAUCAAGAUCGGAUUUUAAUUACCAGUCUACUCCUACAUCACAAAAUGAAGGGCCUAGACCUGAAGAAAACGAAAAAGAAAAAACGAGGCAAAAAGUUGAAGCGUUUUACUGGCAAAAAUUGAGAGAAAUGCGCCAGAAAGAAGAUGAAUAUUUGCUUAAGCAGUCACUAAGAGGUUCUGCUCGAAAUGCUUCUACAUUAUCGAAUUGUAGUUCUCCGAAUUCAUUUACUGUAGAACCUAGAAGCUACAGCCUCCCACGUGGUCAAGAUUUCCGAAGUUACACGAAACAACCAGUUUAUGCUCAAGCUUCUUUUAAAAGAGGAGCCCCCGAAAGACGCACUGAUACUUUUAUAAAAAAUCGUUCCUCUAUGGAACCAGAAAUCAUUUAUAGGAAUCCAGAAAAAUUACUUACUUUAUCGCCCAUUUCAUUGCAAGAAAGGAGAGUGUUUCAACCUGAUAUGCACAAUAAACAAGUUAAUCUUGAGGAACAAAACGUCAAAAACAACAAAGUUAAUUACUUAGGACAUAAUCCCAGGAAAGUGUUGAGUGCUCCACAGUGUGUUAAUUUGACUGAUAAUGUAAGGACUCCACCCUUGCCUCCUGUUAGAACAACAAGUGUUGGUGUCGGAAAAAAAACGCAUGUCAUAAACAAUACGAAAUUAAUUCAUUUACCUGGAGGAGGCCAUUCUGUAUAUUCAGAGUCGGAGAGUGGCUCGGAAGCUGGCGAAAUACAGAGAAUUUUCAACGAAAAUUCAAAAAAAGAAGAUGACUGGCACGGAGAUAGCUCUCGGAUUGAUGGGGGAUUGUCGGAUGGCGAGGCGAGCCGAGGUCCUGUCAGAGGACGCCCAUCUCGACGCGACGACCCGCGAAGACACACCCUCGCGGGGAACCACUUAUAUGUGCACCCACAUCACCCUGCACAGAUCAACUCGCUCGAGAUGGAGCUACCCAGGAGCGGACAACGGUCAGCUAAGCCUUCGGAAUACGCAUCUGUAAUGAAGCCUCGGGCUAGCGGACAAAGCCGUGUCUCUGACCCGAGAAUGAGGAAGCCUCCCCUGCCACGGAGCUAUCCGCCACCCACCAACAGUCUUCUAUACGACGAAGACCCUGGAAUCAUGUCGGAGGUCGAGACGGCGUCCACUGGCUUCAGGAGGGGAGGAAAGCAGAGGUCCUCUUUACCUGUAGUCAGGACGCCGAGCAAGACGCUGGAGAGACCGCUCGGUUUGGUGUUCCUGCAGUACAGAAACGAAACCAAGCGUGCCCUCCUGCCAAAUGAAAUAACAUCAAUCGACACAGUUAAAGCUUUAUUUGUUAGAAGUUUCCCAAAACAACUUACUAUGCAAUAUAUGGACAGCCCUAUGGUUAAAAUCUACAUUCACGACUCAUCCAAGGACAUGUUUUACGAACUCGAAGACGAACGGGCUCAUCUUCAUGACAUCCGGGACCGUUCUGUGCUGCGACUUUUUGAAGCAACCGACAUAGGAGGAGGAGCAUUCCCCGGUGUCGUCGGCGUGGGAUCAUUAGCUAUGCCACCGCCUGCAGCCAAUUGCUCAGGCCCUAGCAGCUGGGAUCAGGACCAGAGCUACUUCAGCGAGCCUGAAAUAGACUCCGAGUAUCACCAUCAGCAUGUCCACAAAACUAAGGUGAAGGCACCAGCUUACUAUAUGGGGAACCAAGCUCCAAGUACGCUGCCUCGUGGUGGCUCCAUGCUGCGGGCCUUCUCUCCAGCCGGCCCCCCCGUCCCCGCAGACCGAGUGAAGACCAUCCCCGUAACAGGUCCCUCGCCGGCCAAGCCGUUGCGUGCAUACGUUCCGGGGGGCGGGUCGGAAAGAUGUUUCCCCUUCACGGCGCCUGAUUGCGCCCGGGCCGCGGAACAACUAUACACGAUCCCCGGUCAUUCGGAUGGCUACAUGUCAUCCCCUGAGCGCAGUAGCAACAGGCAACCCUAUGAAGAUCCGUACUACACCCAGUUCCUGGGACCGGCUGCGGGCAGACCAGCUAUCGCACCUAUCAUUGACGAGGAAGCAGGCGAUACGUUGAUAAUCGACGACUCGUAUCAGAUGUACGGGGUGAAUCCGAUCACCACGGCGCCCCGUCCAAUGCCUCGACCUCCUUACGAUGCAAGGAUUCCGCCCCCAGUCGAUGAGCUGCAGCGGAUCCGUGUUGAAAAGAUGGAACGUCAACUGGCUAACUUGACUGGUCUGGUCCAAAAGGCACUGCAGGUCCCAGGACCAUCUACUGCUACGCCUCCGACAGCAGCGCCAAGACAGGAGCUCCAGAAUUAUGGGGCAGCUCGACAAGGAGCAGGACAAGAGAAAUCCGUGUCCUUCGAAAAGUCAGUGUCGUUCAGUGAUGAUCCGCCAGACAUGAAUUCGCCCAAACAACAUUCGCCUCAGCACUCAGCUGAUACAAAACCUGCAAAACCGGCAAUCAAAUCAUCGACAUUGCCGAGGACAUCCUCUCAAGAGCGUGAUCGCUUGAAGCCGGCUCCGCCACCGAAGCCAGCUGGACUGGUCGGCAAGCAGAAUCCAAUGGGACCGCAGAAGAUUUACACCAUCAAUGUGACUUCGGAUUUCUUCGGGCAAUUGCGGGUGUUGCAGAAACAGAGCCGCGACCUGAGGAUCGAGACCCGCAAUUUGCGUCGUUCGACCUUGACUCACGCGAUACAGAUGAGGCAGAUGAUGGCCGAGACCAUUGUCAAGAUCGGGGAGCUGGCCGCUACAUUCUGCGAUCAAAAUCCGGACGCGCAACUGACUCGCGAGGAGGAGAUGUACCGUCAGGACAUGCUGCUACUGGAGAAUGAUCUGUACGAGCUGGAGGCUACCGUCGAACGUCUUCGCGGUCAAGCUGCUAAUAGUAGGGAGACUCGGGUCAAUAUGGCGGACAUUGAACGCAUCGCGAUGGUGCUAUCAAAGAGCAGCAAGACAGUUGCUGAUUGGAAGCUUAAAUUCCCCGUGCUCCAAGACACAAUGAAGACCAAGCUGUCUGCUGAAAUGGAGAAGGUGGUGCGUAAGGAGAAGAUCCUGGAAGACGAACCGGAACGCCUCGAGCUCGCUCUACGUCGUUGUAAGAAGCUCACCGGAACACUCGUCACUCUCAAGAGGUUGGCCUGUGUUCAAGAGCAACGUCUCCCGAUGAACGAUGGUCGCAUCUCACCCGAAUCAUCCCAAAGCUCCACUUUCACGGCUUGCCCUUCCUCCGAGGACUUCAACUCGGACAGCACCUGUCCUAUGGUGACCGCUCACAACAACAAGGGGCCCGGGUGUGCUGGACGAGGCGGCCAGGGACGCGGAGCAGCAGAUGUACGUCCAGAGAACGCACUCGACGCUCUUUUAGACGAACUGCAAACAUUCGCAAAACCGUGCGAGCGCGGAGGUAGGGGCGAAGGGCCACUGCGGCGUCUGCAUUCAUAUCCGAGCGGCAGCGACACCGACGCCUCACCGCCGGUACGAGCCCGGGGACAGCACCCACCCAAGCCCCCGGUCCCGGAGCGUCACCCAGAGCUGCUCGCCAUGGCCGCCCGCCGUGCCCCUCCGCCUCCGCCGCCACGUACCACCUCACGCUCGCCAUUAGCCUCGCCCACUUCACCCUCUUCACCACCCCGAGACGACUCUGAAUCUUGCCCCACGGAUCCGAAUGCCACUGACGAUAAGGCAGCCGCACGACAAAACCUUCUCGAACAGCGCCAUCAGGAAUUACUCAAGAAACAAAAAGCUCUCCAGGAACAAUAUGCCCGAUUGCAAAUGAUCCAACGCAGCGGACCCACGUUGCCCCCGAAUGCGCAACCAGACUUGAAGAAGACCGGCAGCGAAUCGAACCUCCUCACCAAGAUGAAUUUAAAUCUGGCACCAGCUAAUCUCUCCGGGAGCAUGACUCACCUGGCCAGCGAUUGCAAGAACAACAUCUUGGAACGCGCACCGUUCGAGAAGAAUUCACAAAACGUGUCCAACAGUGAAACGAUCGCGACUACGAACAAAGUUUAUGAGACAGAUAUCCUGUGACCCAGCGGUCGUUAUGACGUCGUGUCUGUAUGAUUUAUUUAAAACAUUAUCUUAUGUUAAAAUUACAUAUUUUUUCAUCUCGUUUAAGGCACUAAGAUCUGCGUGAAAACGCUGGUAGAUGUAAGAUUUUCUUAAGUUGACACCGAACAAGUAUUAUUGUUGGUUCAGUUUUGUUACUAUAAUAAUAAUUUUCAUCUAAAUGUCUAUCGACCAUUUGCGGAUACUAACGAACAAAGCUUAAACUGAUUGACUACGGCGUGAUUCUGGAAACUGAUCUCUCUCCUGUCUCUUUAUUGCUUCCCUGUAUUUACAUGUGCAUUAGGUUCCCGAAGCAAAUCCGGUGCGAUAACGUUACUUUUGCAAAUUAUAUAAUUUUUCAGGAGAAACAUUGGAAAAUUCAACAACUUAUAGUUCUUAUAUAGACUAGACUAAAGAAAUGAAAACAAUAAUAACUUUAAACUUCAUCAGUAAAAGCAAACAUCUCACUGAUAUCUAUUAAAAAAUGUAUUUUCUCAUACUCAGUUCAAUUGUAACAAAAAUUGGAUAAUUGACUUUAUAGAGCACCGUAGUAUGUGCGAUAUGUUUACGUGUUCAAUGCACGCUACAGACUGCUUCACACGAGACCGAGAACACAAAUGCACAUACGAAAUACAAGUAAUGGAGAGAUAGAAGUAACAUUAAUAAUUAUAAAUUAAUCAAAUUAAUAUUAAAUAUAUGUGUGGAUUCAUAGAUUAGCUCACCUCUGCAGGUUCAAGUCGGUGUUCACGUUACUCUUGUAGAUGUACCCUUAAUACAUUAUUUGAGCGAAUGAGUGAAUGGAAGCGGUUCUCUACCGACAUUUUGCUCUUUUGCUUGUACUGUAUAUACUAUCUAUAUUGUAAUAUGUUAUAUAUCACUAUUUUAGAAUAAACUGUACCCCUUGAAUAGUUCACUAUAUCUAUAUGUUAUAUUAUAUAAAAUAAUAUUAUUGUAUAAGUGCCAAAUUUACUUUUUCUUCGCUAUGAAUUGCAACGAUUCGAAAUCGAUUUGAUAAGAUCCCUGGAGUAAUUUACAACGAAUUCAUUGUAAUGACGUAUAUGGAUUUGUUACGUGCUAAUUACUUUUACUUGGGAACUAUUUAAUAUUUUUGACGGCUCAAUAAAGCUGAUAUAUUGAUACGACUGUGAUAAAGAUUACCGUUCUAAUGAAAUGCAUAUGAAUUGACUUUGCUAAUGUUUCUUUUCCACCUACACAUUCAAGGCACUUUCGUCACUGUGAAAUAUAAUCGCGCAAAAUUAAACUGAAAAUCAGAUAUGUUAUUAAUUUGAUCGUUCAGACCAAAACAUUCUGUGAAAUUAGAUUUAUUUUUACAUAAUUACAUUCGGCAGUAAAAUAAUGUCGCUUAAUAGAAAUAAAUUGGUAGGAAAGUAAUAAAAUUACUAGUCGUAAAAAUUUUCGAGAUUCCCAAUCAUUAUACAGGAUGAAUUAAGUAGCUUCGGUAUGAAAUAUUUGUCUGCUUCUUAAACAACGCAUACUCGCACUAAAACCGUCAUUAAUAUUACUAUAGUCAUACAUUUACAAUUUCGUAACAUCCUUACUACAAAAAUUAUUACUUUUUGACGUAAAUAUGAAUUUUCACGUACAUAACUUCAACGCAUUACAUUCCGCCAUAUGCGGUCCUGAUAUUUCAAUUAGAUUUGUUUAUUUUAUGUACAAUUUUAGUGAUUUCGUGGAUAACCAGUUCGAUUGAAAUCUAAAAACACGUUCCGUUUUUUUCACGCUUUUGCAAAUAAUUCUUCAUAGUAAGGAUAUUACUUUGUCAUUUUGAAUGAAUAAUGAUAUAACGAGUGAUAUUGUUGUGUAGAUUCAUUAAAAUAUUCUUAUUUUUAGACUUGAAAUUAUAUUAUAUCUGCAUUAGGCAACGUAUAUAGAAUUAGGAAACUUAUUACGUCAGAGAUAGUUCUUAUUUCCUACCGGAUUCCAUGUGCCAAAAUUGUUCUGAAACUAUUUUUACAAAAUUUUACUUUUGCGGAUGUCUUGUACUUUUCUUGAAAAAAAAACAUAAUAAUAAUAAUAAUAAUAAUGUUUUUAUUCCAAGUAUCCAUAUGUGUAACUAAAAAAAUCGAAAAAGAUAUCAAGACUUCUAUGUCUAAAUUGACUAUUUUUCAAAAAAUGGAAAAUGCUUUAAUUUGGUAUUUUGACAAACCCCACCACUCAUUUCGCUUCUCUGACGUAAUAAUAUUAUGUUAUACGAAAUAAAUAUUCACGCUUCUCGGUGUCCGUUGCAAUCAGAAACUUCAAAGUAAUAGUAACAAUUAAAUGAGUAUGCACAAACAAACAAACAAGCACUUAGACAAUUUGGAAUAAGUUACAUUACCGAAAGCAAAUUAAUGAUAUAAUUAUAUUUUUUGCUUUUCGAGCUUAAAUCGCUGGACUUUACAAAAUAUGUGUGUAGUUCAAUUAAAUUGUUACUCAGUAUAGUCGGUAGCUUCUUAUCUAAAUGUGUGUUACACUUUUAUCGAAAUAGAUAACAGUCGUGUAAUGAUCAACUUAAUGUAUUUCAAUAAGAUCGAUUUUCUAUCCGCUGCUGUCAAACGCAAUGAUAUUAGACGAUACACAGUAAGUGUCACUGCUCGAAGGAUAAUUCUCGAUGCUGUCUUUAGGCAGGAAUAACGCAAUAUGGAAAUUGGCAGUACAACUGUACACUGUACAAAUUUAGGUGUGUAAUUUGUUCAAUGUACAGUCGGAGUGCUGUUACGGAGAUUUAAAUCUUGCGCUUGACAGGGGAUAUAAAAUCGAGAAAAGUAAAUAACACAAUAUCUAAGUAAAUAAUUAUUAAGGAAUUGUAUUUUUUACGUUGAAGUUAAUUGUUAAUAAUUCUUGUUGAUUUAGCAUAUUAUGAUAUUUGUAUGGUAAAGUCGAGGAAAGGUAUCCCAGCUAUGAUGUGCUAGAUUCACAGAGAAUGACAAAAUACGUUAUUUUGCGGCCUCUUGUUCAACGGUGUGUGCAAAAAUGAUGGAUCAUUACUAUUAUUAAAUACGUUAUAACAAGAAUUUUAUAUAGAAACAUUACGGAACAACGUUUGGAAUUCAAUUUAUUCAAAAAAAAUAACGAAAAAAUUUUAAAAUCCCCAAAUAAAGCAAUAACUAAAAAAAAAUUCAAUCAGAAUGAAAGUCUAUUAUUGGCUAGUAAAUAUUAUUUGGUUUUAAAACAUACACUGAAAUCAAAAUAGAGGUUUCUAUAUAUUUUGAAGUUCUGAAGAAGAAUUUGUUCUGAAGAAGAACUUUUGAACAAGAAUAAAUGUUUCUAAAUAAAAUCUCAUGAUUAAUAGAAAACCUUUUUUUAUUUGUAAAGAUUUUUUACAUUAUCGCUGUAAUUUGUAUAGUAUAUUUCUAAAUUAAAUUGUUUUUACUUUAAACAAUCGAAUUAAGUUCAAGCUGAAAGCUUUUUAAUCUGUUAAUUAUAUGAUUAAAUAAUAUUAUUGUUUCUUCAAUUUUUAUUCACGUUUAUAAAAUAGGUAAAUUUGAAAUAGCUUCAUAAUGUUUUAAUGUGAAAUUAAAUAAAUAUACACGUCAAA